AUGUAUCGGGAUAUGAAAACGAUUUCUACAAUCCUAUUUCGCAAUGGGAGACAAGUCGUUGUGGCAUGGGGAACGGAAUGUGAGGCAACGCACAGAGACGUCAGGCAUUUACGAAGUACACAAGAAGAAGCCGACACGAAGAUUAUUUUACCGGCUCUGGAUGCCUCUGCUCAAGGUGCUACCCAACUAUCUAUAUAUUCUCCUGACACUGAUGUUCUUGUUUUGGCUCUCCGACGGUAUCCAGAUUUGUGCUCCAACCCUUGCUUUGUUACUGGAACCGGCAGUAGUCGUAGAGUUAUCAACUUGAAGUCAAUCGCAGACGCCCUUGGGCCCACUAAGACGGCUGCGCUGCCAGCAUUUCAUGCGUUGACCGGAGCAGAUGUUACUGGGAGUUUCUCUGGAAAGGGAAAAGCCAUUUGUUGGGAUGAGUUUGAUAACACCAGCACUCCUAUCUUGCAAGCUCUUGCUAACCUCGGUUGUGGGGAACAGCCAGAUGACGGCACAAGAAGUGGAGUGGAACAGCUGGUUUGUCGGAUGUACCAACCAAAGACAGACAUCAAAACUGUCAAAGCCCUCAGAUGGUCCCUCUUUAAGAAAAAUCAAGCUGAGUCUGAGAGGUUACCGCCCACACAAGCUGCUCUCCAUCAAGCCAUACUGAGAGCGCACUACCAGCUUCUUGUUUGGAACAACGAUCAUGUAGCAAACCCGGUGUUGCCCUCACCAGAAGGCUAUGGAUGGCAAGUUGUAGGUGGAAAGUGGGUACCAGUCAUGAAAAAUCUUCCACCAGCUCCAGAGGCAAUUAUACAGCUUGUCCGAUGCAAGUGCGCCAAGUCCCGUUGCUCUAACAACCGUUGUCAGUGUCAAAAAGCCGGACUUGUCUGUACUGAUCUCUGUCUGUGCUCUGAAGAUUGCCAGAACGAGUAUGCUGAAAGUGAUGAUGAGUAUGAUGAAGACGAAGUCGAACAGGAAAUUCCAUAG